GGUUGUAGUAGUUUUCUCCUAAAGCAAAUAACAAGUUGUAAACUACAGUUGUGAAAUUCGGGGCAUCUUUAUUGUUGGUGGCACUUUUCAGAAAGUGUAAUACGCAAAUCCAAUCAUAAGGUGCACAAAAUGUCGGUCUCUCACGGUAUGCUGAUCUAUAACAAUGAUAUUACGCCAGACAGCCUGGUUGACAUGAAGGGGGAUUGCAAGAUCUUAGAGCAUGUUUCGAGUACCAUAGCAAAUUCGUCACUUUUUAAGCUUGACAAGGAAGAUCACACCAUCGCAAAUCUCCUGCGCAUGAAAUUGCAUGAGUCCCCUUUUGUGCAGAUCGCAGGCUACCGGGUGCCGCACCCCACGCAGCAUCGUGUUGAGCUGCGGGUGCAGACCUCAUCUGACGGCAGCAGCAGACGGGUGCCGACGCCGAAAGAAGCAUUGCAGACCGCCAUUGAUGGAUGUCUUCUUGAUUUGCAGACAUUUGAAGAGCAGCUUCGAGCGGAUGCGCAGGCAAAAGGGUUGGAGUUGGAGGAGGCGGAUUUGCAUUAAGACACAAAGAAUUAAGAUUGACAUAUAUUGUUUGCUUGACUUUACAU